GUGGUACAGCUGGUGGGAGAAGGAGGGCUUCUUCAAGCCGGAGUACGGGCGCAGUGGGAUCUCGGAGCCGAACCCCCGGGGGGUGUUCAUGAUGUGCGUCCCCCCCCCCAACGUCACCGGGACGCUGCACCUCGGCCACGCGCUGACCAGCGCCAUCCAGGACACCCUGACCCGCUGGCACCGGAUGUGCGGGCAGACGACGCUGUGGAACCCGGGCUGUGACCACGCCGGGAUCGCCACGCAGGUGGUGGUGGAGAGGAAACUGCAGCGCGAGAGAGGGGUGGGGCGGCUGCAGCUGGGAAGGGAGCGCUUCCUGCACGAGGUCUGGACGUGGAAGGAGGAGAAGGGAGACCGCAUCUACCAGCAGCUGCGCCGCCUGGGGGCCUCCAUGGACUGGGACCGAGCCUGCUUCACCAUGGACCCGAAAAUGUGCGUGGCUGUGACGGAGGCGUUCGUUCGGCUCCAUGAGAUGGGGCUGAUCUACCGCAGCACCCGGCUGGUCAACUGGUCCUGCGCACUGCAGUCCGCCAUCUCCGACAUCGAGGUGGAGAAGCGAGAGCUGCGGGGCCGGACGCUGCUGCGGGUGCCGGGCUAUGAGCAGCCCGUGGAGUUUGGGGUCCUCGUGGCCUUCGCCUACCCAUUGCACGGGGCCGAGCCGGCCGGGGAGGUGGUGGUGGCCACAACGCGGCCCGAGACGAUGCUGGGGGACGCCGCCAUCGCUGUGCAUCCCGACGACCCCCGCUACCAGCACCUGAUUGGCCGGCACGUGGUGCACCCGUUCACUGGGCAGAGCCUGCCAAUCAUCAGGGACGCCUUCGUCGACCCCCAGUUUGGGACUGGGGCAGUGAAGGUGACCCCCGCCCACGACGCCACCGACUUCGAAGUGGGGCAGCGGCACCAACUGCCCACCGUCAGCAUCAUAGGGGAGGAUGGGAGGCUGGAGAACGUUACCGCCCCCUUUCCUGGGAAUGCGGCGCUUGGGAGGAUGGGAGGCUUGGAGAACGUACCGCCCCCUUUCCUGGGAAUGCGGCGCUUUGAGGCCCGGGGGGCGGUGGUGGCGGCGCUGCAGAAGUUGGGGCUCUUCCGGGGGGAGAGCGAAAACCCCAUGGCUGUACCCAUCUGCAGCCGCACGCAGGACGUGGUGGAGCCGCUGCUGCGGCCGCAGUGGUUCGUGCGCUGCGCUGAGUUGGCGCGGGGGGCGAGCGCUGCCGUCAGGAGGGGGGAGCUGCGCCUCAGACCCCCCCAGCACACCCGCACCUGGUUCACGUGGAUGGACAACAUAAGGGAUUGGUGCAUUUCGAGGCAGCUGUGGUGGGGGCACCGCAUUCCGGCCUAUCGGGUCCGCAUCGAAGGGGAGAGCGCAGCCCACGACCCCAACGGGGUCGCUAUGGGGCAGGCGGCGGACGGGCCGUGGGUGUGCGGCCGUACGGAGGCGGAGGCGCGGCUGAAAGCGGCCAAAGAGUUCGGAGUGCCGCCCCACAGCGUCCGUCUGAUGCAGGACGAGGACGUCCUGGACACGUGGUUCUCCUCCGGGCUGUUCCCCUUCUCCAUCUUCGGGUGGCCGCAGCAGAGCGAGGAGCUGUCGGUGUUCUACCCGGGGACGCUGCUGGAGACGGGGCACGACAUCCUCUUCUUCUGGGUGGCCCGGAUGGUGAUGCUGGCGCUGGCGCUGACCGGGAAGCUGCCCUUCCGGGAGGUGUAUCUGCACGCCAUCGUGCGGGACGCCCACGGGAGGAAGAUGAGCAAAUCCCUGGGGAACGUCAUCGACCCACUGGAUGUCAUCGAGGGGAUCAGUCUGGAGGUGGGGGGCCAUGGGGGGUGGGGG